AUGGCUGACCACCGUUCUUGUCGCGUUGUAGAAACCGCUAAACCUUUCGUGCAUACUGGUACAGACUUUGCUGGACCCUUUAAGGUCACCAUCUCACGUGGUCGGGGUAUUCGUUCAUCGAAAGCAUAUGUUUGUCUUUUCGUGUGUAUGACCACUCGUGCUGUUCAUAUAGAACUAGCCAGUGAUUUGAGCACGCAUAGUUUCAUGGCUGCUUUUAAAAGAUUUUUAUCGCGCCGAGGUCCUGUAGGUUGUAUGUACUCAGAUAACGGUACAAAUUAUGUGGGUGCCAAACGCAAUAUUUCGGAAGUUCACGCUUUUUUGAACUCUAAAUACUACAAAACUGAAUUCGCACAUAUGUUAGCAGAAAAUCGCAUUAAAUGGCAGUUUAAUACGCCCGCCGCAAGUCACUUCGGCGGAAAUUGGGAAGCAAAUAUAAAAAGCCUUAAAUCCCAUCUUUAUAGAGUUGUAGGGUUGCAGAUUCUCACUUUCGAAGAGUUGAGUACCGUGCUCACUCAAAUAGAAGCCGUGAUGAACACACGUCCGCUAUGUAGGACACUGUCUGGCGACCCAGCUGAGCCGUUAGCUUUGACUCCGGCUCACUUUUUGUCGUUGACGCCGCUUAAAUAUUUACCCGCUAGAGAUAUUGACGAAGACAGGCAGCAUAUUCUCUCGCGUCACUCUCUUUUAGAUAAAUUAGUUCAGUCAUUUUGGAAACGUUGGAAAACAGACUACUUACAUACGCUACAAUCGCGCCAAAAAUGGAACACUCCAUCCAACCCAAUCGUUGUUGGAAAAGUAGUAAUUUUAAUGACGGAAAACGCGCCCCCGCUACAUUGGCCUUUAGGAGUAGUGGAGGAGGUUUUUCCUGGUUCAAAUGGAGUGAUUAGAACUGUGUAUGUGCCACCCAUCGCAGAGGAACACCACUACGACCGUGAUAGUGCCAGCAUCAGCUCCAA